AUGUUCGUGCGCUUGUUGGGGUUCCUAUACAGCACCUACUUUCGGUUUUGGGUGAAGUGGAUCUUCAGGCUGCUGACGGGGAAAUGCGAGUUACAGCGCCUCUUGGAUGGCCCCAAGGCGGGCGCGCAGAGGACGCUGAGCAUAGAACAUUCACUGGCAUCAUCAAAGAAUAAGGUUUUAAGAAAUUCUGUACAUGCUGAUGAAGCUGAGGUGGAGAAAUGUGUCAGAGAUGUAAUGAAAGAAAAGAAAAUUGAACAGAAGGAUGCAGGGUUUAAAACAAAUCUGCGUAUAUCCUUACUGCAAAUAACAGGUUAUAAAAAGCUAUACUUGAACGUGGAAAAUUUGAGGAAGGUCCCAUAUGAUUCAGAUAAUGAAGAACAUGAGGAACAGUUAAUUGAGCUUUGGAAUUUGCUGAUGCCUCAUGAGAGUCUGAAGGCCAGAAUCACCAAGCAGUGGUGUGACAUUGGCUUCCAAGGUGAUGAUCCCAAAACAGACUUCAGAGGAAUGGGCCUGCUGGGAUUGGUGAAUCUGGUGUAUUUCAGUAAACAUUACACCAAUGAAGCUCGUCAGAUCCUCUCUCGUUCAAAUCACCCAAAGCUGGGAUAUUCUUAUGCAAUAGUUGGGAUCAAUCUGACAGAAAUGGCAUACAGCUUACUUAAGAACGGUGCUUUGAAGUCUCAUCUGUACAAUGUGGUCUCUGGAUUGCCGCAGAUGGAGCACUUCCAUCAGUUUUACUGUUAUCUGGUUUAUGAGUUUGACAAGUUCUGGUUUGAAGAAGAACCAGAAAGCAUCAUGCACUUCAACCAAUACAGAGAGAAAUUCCAUGAAAAAAUUAAGGGACUUCUACUGAAUUGCGAUGUGAUACUAACCUUGCAAAGUACAAAGAAACCUUAACUCCUCUGCACUCUGAGGUUCUGCAUAAGAAAUGGAAUUAUGCAUUUGGAUGGAAGUUUUGCAUGUUUCACCAAAAACUGUUUAACAGUAGAACUUUUUUACAUUAAAAAAAAAUCAAAAUUCAGUUAAGAAAGCUUGGACAAUCAACCUCUGUUUACAGGUCUUCAUAUGCUAUUCUCCAAAGGACA